UCCUGUGGUCUUGCACCGGCACUAGACCGGUCUGCAAGCACACCGUAGUUGAAUCUACCCCACUGCUGAGUGCCAAGGCGGUUGAAAAGUGUAUGUUUUCUGAACAGAUGGUUGAAAGGGGUGAGUGGUGGCUCGUAUGUCUCCUGCUGUACGCUGCUUGGCUGGGCUGCGUGUUGACCGCUGAGGCGCGCACCUGUCCUCCGUCCUGUAACAAAUGCUCAGGUCCGGAUCAAUGUGAUGAAUGUGGGAGAGGAUGGCUUCUCCAUAAUGGCACAUGUGUAGAUAUUGAUGAGUGUGGCACAAAGUUGGGUGUUUGCUCUUCUGGCGGUUACUGCUUCAAUAAGGCUGGAUCUUAUGAGUGCAGAGACUGUGAUGCAGCCUGUGUGGGUUGCAUGGGCAGUGGACCAGCCCAAUGCAGGAAAUGUGCCCCAGGAUAUAGACUGACAGGGCCCAAGUGCCUGGACAUCGAUGAAUGCAGUGUCUUGGUGCUGGCCUGUUCUGGUUUGGAUGAGAUCUGCACCAACACUGAAGGGUCUUUUCGCUGUGAUUGUGCAAAGGGGUACAUCCGCAAAAACAACGUAUGUGUGAAAAAGCAACAGCCAAGUGUGCUGGACAAAGGGCUGUUUGAGGACAUUCAGGACGAUGAGGUGGUAGUGCUGCAGCAGAUGAUUCUGGGGAUCUUGCUCUGUGCUCUCGGAACCCUCGCUGCAAAGGGAGACCUUGUGUACACUUCCAUUUUUAUUGGGGCCAUAGCAGCCGUGGCAGGCUACUGGCUUUCUGAUAGAGGAGAUCGCAUAUUGAACAGUUUCUUAAAGGGACACUGA